GAUCAAUGGCAAACAGCAGGUCGUUCAAAAUCGCGAUAAGAUUGUCGCCCAAAGCCGCAUUUGUAUAUAAUAAAUCAACCCCCUGGCAAACGAAACGAUUCAGUCUAAACAAUCAUGAAGACUACGGUGGGCAUCGUCGUGCUGUUGACUCUGGGAGCCCUAGCUAGCCCUAUCGAUCAACGACUUUCGCUGAUUCGCGAUGAAACGGGUAACUUGCAUUUGGUCAACCCGGAUCCCUACAGCGUAAUCGAAGCAGAGCUGGAGCCGUUUUUCACGCCGGAAACCGACGUCAUUUUCCGAUUGUUCACGCGUAGCAAUCCAGUUCAUGGACAAAUUCUGCAGUGGAACAACCCGGCUUCGGUGAGCAACUCCAACUUCAAUCCAGCUCAUCCGACUCGUUUUACCAUCCAUGGCUGGAACGGUGGCGAAACCUCCGGAUUGCACGGUAACAUCCGUCAGCACUACUUCACCGUUGGAGAGUUCAACGUGAUCAGCGUUGACUGGGGUGCAGGAGCUAACACGAUCAACUACAUCACGGCCAGGAACCGUGUAGAAUCAGUAGGAGACAUCAUGUCCCGGAUGAUCAAUACGAUGGUCUCAGCUACCGGAAUGUCUCGGAAUAGUAUCAGCUUGAUUGGACACAGUUUGGGAGCUCACGCUGCUGGAUGUGCUGGUAAAUUCCAAAACGGCCAAAUUCACACCAUUGUAGGCCUUGACCCCGCAGGUCCACUGUUUUCACUGGGACAGUCCGACAUCAUGGCUCCAAGUGAUGCACAAUACGUAGAAGCUGUGUUCUCCAACGCUGGGUUGUUGGGAUUCGAUCUCCCUCUUGGUGAUGCCAACUUCUAUCCCAACGGAGGACGCUCGCAGCCUGGAUGUGGAAUUGACUUGGCCGGAAACUGCGCGCACUCGCGAGCCCAUGAACUGUUUGCCGAGUCGGUGUCCACUACGGUAGGAUUCUGGGCCACCCGGUGUGCUUCGCAUGCCGAGGUCAACGCCGGCAAUUGCACACCAAGUGGAGCGAGCGCUGCAAUGGGCGGUGAACCAUCGAACCAUGGUCGUGGCGUAAACGGUGUGUUUAGAUUCAAUACGAACUCUGCUUUCCCGUUUGCCAUGGGAUAAAUGGCCGUAUGGGUUUGGGACUAAAUGGUAGGAUAUAUUGACUGAUUAGAGCUAAUGAACAAAGAAUUGCUUUUACUUUUUCAA